GUUUUACCAAAUUAUAAGUUGUUUUUUCAUGGCGUCAUAGAUGUAGUAGGGUACACAUAAGGUCACGGAUUUAAAUAUCGAGGAAUUAAUAGUUUGUACAAGAAUUGUCAUUUACAACUGUAGUGGACUAGCCGUUACGAGGCUACUUGAGAAAAAAGCAUUUUACAUUAGAUAUUCUGCAAAGGUUACAUGAAUAGGAAAGUUGAAUUUAUAUAGCACAUUUACAAAGCACACUCAACGAGGAUUAAACAAUUACAUGAUGAUGAUGUACGGGGUUAUAUUGGCCGCGACAUGCCUUGUCACACACGUGUCGACGCGACGCACGUGUUUCUCUGAAGUUGACUGCGAUGCUACUAAUAAGGAGUACUGUUGUGGGUGUGAUAAAAUGUUCUUAGACGGAUACGAUAACGAGCCCAAAACUCCGUACUUUAUGUUGACUCAGGGAGCGUGUAAGAGCAGAUCAUGUCUCACGAAACCGGACGAAAACGCCCCCAUAGGAACCUGUGCCCGGGAACUUUGGGAGGGUUUUGAAAAGAAACGUACCGGGGAGCCUGUGUGUGGCGUCGACCUCGUGUUUGACAUUAACAUAAGCAGAAGUACCUCCAGAGCUGGCGUUAAUGUUUGGUUUGAAGAGGUCGCCGAUGGUCUUGUGCGUGAAUUUAUGAAACGUCUUGUCAAGCAGCUACGUAUCGGGCGAACCUCCAAGCAAUCACUUGUCGGCGCUAUGGGAUACUACGGUGACACUCGUCGUCACUUUGGAGUACGACAAAACCCGAAUAUAGGUGAUCUGCUAACGGCCAUUGACGGAAUUGAUCUGAGUUAUGUACGAAAGUCAAAACCUUAUAAAUCAUUCAAUGCCAUAAGAGAAAAUUUCUUCGGGGACACCAAGGAUGGAGCACGAAAAAUGAAUAAAAAUGUCGUUAUAGUUUUUGACGACGGUGUAUUCAGUCGCGGUGACCGCCGUGGAAGAGCCUGGGAUAAGUUCAACAAAGCAGUAAAAGCCCUUCAUGAGGUGGCCGAAGUAUUUGUAAUUGGAAUAAGAAAUGGGUAUCAAGUCACUACUGAAGACGCUCUACCGAAUCUGACCCUCAUGGCAAGUGAACCAAAAGAGACACAUCUCAUCACGACAUCUAUCGAGAAGUUUUCUAAUGGACGAUUAGAUGAAUUGGUGUUUGAAACUAUACGAGUUCUUCCUACCGAUUGUCUUAUUAAUCACCCUCCUGAAUAGAAACUAUAUUACCGUUGCCCCACUCGAACACCAACUCCAUGCUUGAUCUAACUUCCCUCUUGAAUAGAAACUAUAUUGCCGUUGCCCCACUCGAACACCAACUUCAUGCUUGAUCUAACUUCC